UAGGCCCCUGAACUGUACACCCUUAGAGCGAUUUACUCCCCAUACUAAGUGUGUGUGCAAAAUAGCCCCUAAACUAUCAAAAACCUAACAUUUAAACCCUCAUGACUAAACGACGUUAGUCAACGUUUGGUCAAUUUUUUAUUUUUUAUUUAUUUCAAAAUUGCGGGGCCCUCAUUGCAAUGCUUUACAACGGCCAUUUGAUUUGGGGCAAUUUUAGGGAUCGCAGAACCCUAAUUCGCGUUUAGGGGUUAUAAAUUGGUGAGAAAUACACCAAAUCACGUUGAACUAGUGUAGGGUUUUCCAUUAUUGUUGGUAUUCGAGAUCGUACCAUGAGUUUCCACUCAGGUAAUGCUUCUACCCAGUCACGGGAUUGGCGGCAGAGAAGGAACGAGUGUUUGGGUGAUUCGACGUAUUGUUUUUGCGUUAUUGAAGGUGAGAGGUUGAAAUCACCGAUAAGAACUUCGUGGACUGAAGACAAUCCCGGAAGAAGGUUCUAUGGGUGCCAAAAUUGGAAGACCAAAAAAUGUCGAUUUUUCAAAUGGUACGAUGAACCUAUGGGCGAGAGAGCUAUUGAAGUUAUAAAUGAGUUGAGGAUUGAGAACUUGAAGCUUACAGAAAUGAAUUCAAGAUCAGCCACUCCUACUGAUUUAGAAGCUGAUAUUGGUCUUAUCUGGGACAUGGUUCAAGAUUUGAAAGAUGAUUCCAAAAGAGCAAGAAACACAAAUAGAUUUCUUGUUAGCAUUUUGUUUGUAACUUGGUUGGUGUUAAUCUAUGUAGUUCUAGCAUAG